AUGCACCAAAGCAACUCAAAUGCUCCUAUAUUUUCGCCAAAUGUGCACCACUUCCUGACGGCAUCAAUGGCCAAAACAAGUAAUGUUAUAACAUCAUUAUUUCCAGCGGCUUUAUUCAAGGAAGAGGCUGUGAAGAACGCAGCAAUGGCGAAAUUGAGUUUUUAUUCUUCAUGGAAUUUGAUCAAACCGAAACACAACUGCCUUUUGCUAAUUGCAAAUGCUAAAAAUCCUCGCAAUCUUGACAUGGUCAAUGAGAAAAACUUAAGUGGGAUUUCUGUUGGUGAGGCUCCAUUUACGAAGAACACUGGGUUGUUGAUAAAAGAAAAGGCUCCUGAUAAACAAGGCCAGGCGACUUCGAUUGGGAGGUUUGUGGAAGACAGGCAUGUCUAUAGGCAGACCUUCAUUAUCAGGUCUUAUGAAACUGGACCAGACAAAAUUGCCACCAUGGAAACGCUUAUGAAUCUCCUUCAGGAAACAGCUUUGAAUCAGGUAAGGAGCUCUGGUCUUGCUGGGAAUGGCUUUGGGGCUACCCGUGAGAUGAGCCUUAGGAAACUCAUAUGGGUCGUCACUCGCAUCAACGUUCAAGUGGAGAGAUAUAGCUACUGGGGAGAUGUUGUGGAGAUUGAUACUUGGGUUGAUGCAGCAGGAAAGAAUGCAAUGCGUAGGGACUGGAUAAUCAGAGACUACAAUACACAAGAGAUUAUAACAAGAGCAACAAGCACAUGGGUGAUUAUGAACCACGAAACAAGAAGAUUAACCAAGAUCCCUAAACAAGUUAGGCAAGAACUGAUUCCAUUCUACCUGAAUAGGAUUGCAAUUGCCGAAGAGAAGAACGAUAUCCAAAAGAUUGAUAAGCUUAAUGAUGAAAACGCAGAAAGAAUUCGAUCGGGGCUAGAACCAAGAUGGAGCGACAUCGAUGCCAAUCAGCAUGUAAACAAUGUGAAAUACAUCGGAUGGAUUUUGGAGAGUGUGCCAAUGGAUGUCCUGGAAGAUUAUAAUCUUACAAGCAUGACCCUGGAGUACCGGCGUGAAUGCCGGCAAUCCGAUUUGCUGGAGUCCUUGACGAGUUUAACAGCAAAUGUGACUGAAGAUUUAAACAACAACUCUAGUAAUCGCAAGGCAGACUUGGAAUACACACAUCUGCUUCGCUUGCAAGAUGAUAACAUAGAGAUUGUCCGAGCAAGAACAGAAUGGCAAACCAAGGAAAAACACAACUUACCAUCAGAAUAGAAUGGCAAUCCAAGUUCCU